AUGGGUGCAUAUGGAGGUACCGGAAAAGCAAGAAAUGGCGUUACAACCGAGCAACAACAAGACCUGCUUGCGGUUUCUAAAGAAUACCAAUUGGUCCAUAGCACUUCCGCCAACAUCAAAGACGCUCGAGGUCUGGCAUCUGUGUUCCGGAAGACGUUUGGACGAUUGCCAGAACUUCAAGAUCAGUUACCAGCCCUUGGAAGCAUUGAAACUUUAAGAUUAAUUGCGUUAUCUUUUCUAUUUGGUAUAACUAAAACUGUGACUAGUCCAAAACUUAGAAUUCUAGACUCAGGAGGUAAAUUUGAUGUUAAUAAAGAAGACUCAUGCAUUGCGCUUACAAAAAAGAAAUGGAAGAAAAGAAAAAAGAAAGAAGCACUAGAACAUCAAAAAGAAGAAAACAGACAAAAGAGAUUAAAGCAGAAAUUGGAGAAACAAGCUAAGCCUAAACAAACAAAAAAAAGUAAAGUAGAUGCCCCUGCUGAAGCAAGUAAAACUGCCGAUACUGUUUGUGUAGAUGCUCCUGCUGAAACAAGUAAAACUGCUGACACUAAGCUUGUAGAUGCCCCUGCUGAAGUAAGUAAAAUUGCAAAAAACCAUCCUAAUUCAGAAAAAAUUUAUAAAACCGAAACUAUCGAUGAAGUAAAAAAUAAUGUCAUAAAAAGAACUGGUUUAUGUUUUUCAUGUGUGGCAAAUAUAACUUUAAAUAAAAUUGGAAUAAAAUGCCAAGAAUGUAACAGAGUAUAUCACAUGGUCUGCUUGAAGAAACGUGGAGUAUUCAAGGAUUUUUAUAGAUGUGGUGUUUGUACCGUCAAACUAAGUUUGCGUUCGUAA